CCCCGCUCGCUGCGGUGCCGGGACCUCCGCCGCUCGGUGCGACACGUGCGGCCUCUGAAGAAGUGUGAUUGAAGGCAACUUGGCUCUGCGUCCUUAACAACCAGCGCGAGGGCGGUCCCGGUGUGUUGGUGUUUGACAAGCGGGACACGAUAGGUAAAAAGAAGAUGUCGGGUCGUCGUGUGGCUGCCGCGUGUGACCGACGCCAGCUGCCGCGGGGCAUGGGGAGCAUGGCGGCCCCGCUCCUCGACCCGCGUCCACUUCGGCUGCCGUUUCUGGAGGCUGACAGUCGCCUCCAAUCGAUUUGCGGGCGCUCGAUGCAGCAGCCUUCGCGGAGGAGCAUUCUUCGGUCUCGGCCGCCGCCGCCGCCUCCUCCCUUACCGCCGCCGCCGAUCGAUGCGCUCAGAGCUCCGGUCGCCAUUUUAGGGGGAGAGCGAGGGAGGCAGAAGGAAGGCUCGGCCCCUCCAAGGCAUUCCUUGCUCACAAUGUAUAGGACAAAAGUCAGCUUGAAAGACCGUCAGCAACUUUAUAAACUAAUCAUUAGUCAGCUACUGUAUGACGGAUACAUAAAUAUUGCCAAUGGCUUAAUAAAUGAGAUAAAACCACAAUCAGUGUGUGCGCCAUCUGAACAACUGCUGCAUCUUAUUAAAUUAGGGAUGGAGAAUGAUGACAGUGCUGUUCAGUAUGCAAUUGGGCGGUCAGAUACAGUAGCUCCAGGCACUGGAAUCGACUUGGAAUUUGAUGCAGAUGUACAGACCAUGUCUCCUGAGGCCUCUGAGUAUGAGACUUGUUACGUCACGUCUCAUAAGGGGCCGUGUCGUGUAGCAACAUAUAGCAGAGAUGGACAGCUAAUAGCUACAGGAUCUGCUGAUGCCUCAAUAAAAAUUCUUGACACGGAGAGAAUGCUGGCCAAAAGUGCUAUGCCUAUUGAGGUCAUGAUGAAUGAGACAGCACAGCAGAACAUGGAAAAUCACCCUGUUAUUCGGACUCUGUAUGAUCAUGUGGAUGAGGUUACAUGUUUAGCUUUUCAUCCUACAGAACAGAUCCUAGCAUCUGGUUCAAGGGACUACACACUUAAAUUGUUUGACUAUUCAAAACCUUCUGCCAAAAGAGCCUUCAAAUACAUACAGGAAGCAGAGAUGUUGCGCUCCAUCUCUUUCCACCCCUCUGGAGAUUUCAUACUUGUGGGUACCCAGCACCCUACUUUGCGACUCUAUGAUAUCAAUACUUUCCAAUGUUUUGUGUCUUGCAAUCCUCAAGACCAGCACAUCGAUGCCAUAUGCUCAGUGAAUUACAACGCAAGCGCAAACAUGUACGUGACGGGAAGCAAGGAUGGAUGCAUCAAACUGUGGGAUGGUGUUUCAAACCGCUGCAUCACUACUUUUGAGAAGGCACAUGAUGGAGCUGAAGUCUGUUCUGCUAUUUUUUCCAAGAAUUCAAAGUAUAUCUUGUCAAGUGGAAAAGACUCUGUAGCUAAACUGUGGGAGAUAUCUACUGGUCGGACGCUGGUCAAGUACACAGGAGCUGGUUUGAGUGGACGUCAAGUGCACAGGACACAAGCAGUCUUCAACCACACAGAAGACUACGUGCUGCUGCCAGAUGAAAGGACCAUAAGUCUCUGCUGCUGGGAUUCAAGAACUGCUGAGCGAAGAAAUCUCCUUUCUCUUGGGCACAACAGCAUCGUCCGCUGUAUUGUCCAUUCUCCCACCAACCCCGGCUUCAUGACCUGCAGUGAUGACUACAGGGCUAGAUUUUGGUACAGGAGGUCAACGACGGACUGAGGGCGUCUUGAUAAAAGAAUGGUUAUCCAGAUUCCUUAUAUCAUCCUGUAUUGAUUGUACUGCCGACAGAUGCCUGAAGGAGAGCUAUGCUGUGUCUGUUUUUUGUUGUUUUGUGCUUUAAUUCUGUCAGAUGGCAGAAAAAUAUUGAGAUACUGAAACUUCAGUUUUGCCCCACGCUAAUUUUUUUUAUUAGUGUGCGUGGCAUUAAUUUUUUUAAGUCAUCUCUGAUUUUACUCGAGCUGGGGUGCGGAAUAAAAUGAUCCUUGCAGGAAGGAUUAAACUUA